UAAGUUUUGAAGUUGAUCGAGCGCCAGUUGUCAACCAGACUUUAACAGAUUUAACAUGACUAUAUCAUUAAUAUAAAUAUUAGAUAGAUUACCUCCCUUUUUUAUGUACAUUAAUUAUCAUUCCAUGUCAUUUUUAAUCUCAUCAAAUGUCUUGUCACCAUAGCUACCAAAUAUUUCUUUUCAAGUUCCAUUAGAGGUUAUUCUCUGAUCACAACAUCUCUAAAUUCUAAAUUUUAUCCAAAUUCCAGUGAAAAAACGAUAACUUAAAAAAUGCCACCGCCGCAAGAAAUGAAUCAUUACUCUGUCAUCUUUUCUCAAGCACUCCCGUGCUCAAAACAAGGAGCCUUCGAGGCGCCCUCCGGGUGCGUGAGCCCCCCGUGAGGUGGCUGGGAUCCCGGGGCAGGGCGAACCCUGCGAGUGCGCGCCCACUGCUCCGGGAGCAGGCGAAAUGGCCGGCGGGAUGGCGGGGACGCCUCCGUUCACGUGGGACCUGAGCCAGGUGAUCAGCUCCGGGCGGGACGGCACCUGCAUCAUGCGCGGGCUCCGGGGCACUCGCCCGAUCGCCGUGAAACGAAUGCCCCUAACCAACGUGGAACUCGCCCAACACGAGAUACAGAUCCUCGAAGAGAACGACGCUCAUCCGAACGUUAUCCGCUAUUACGAACACCACCAGGACACGAACUACAUCUACCUGGCUCUCGAGCUGGCCGCUGGGAGUCUCAACGACUACGUCUUAUCCCCCAGGUACCGCGAGGCCCUUCCCCCGAACAAAGUAUGCCUUCAGAUCACGGAAGGCGUCUCAUACCUUCACAGCCUCAGAAUGGUCCAUCGGAACCUCAAACCGAGCAACAUAUUAUUCGUCACAGUCACGGAGGAGUUGAUCUUGAUCAAAAUCACCGAUUACGCGAUCACGAAAAUAUUGGAGGACACUGAAUCUUUCACCAGUUCCUCCACCGUUGGGUCGCUGUCCUACGCGGCCCCCGAACUCCUCGAGCCGGGCGAACGGCGAACUGCCAAAGCAGAUAUUUAUUCCCUGGGACACGUUUUCUACUUCGUGCUUAACAACGGCGGCCCCGUCGCUCGCGGGCUGGGAAACCUCAACGCCAUCCAGAACGGCACACAGCGCAUCCUCCUCGCCGCCAUGGUCUCCCGGAACCCGGAUGCCCGACCCUCCGCCGCGGACAUCCUCGUUCACCCGGCGUUCUGGGACCCGGAGAAAUGCGUGCAGUUCAUCCAGGUCCUCAGCAACAGCGCCCCGAGAGGAUUCAAUUUCGAGACCUACCGAGCGCAGGCGUUCACCGGCGACUGGACCGCCCUGCUCGACACCGGGCUUGUGGCGCGCAUGGCCGGGCAUCGCAGGUAUAACGGAAACUCUUUUGGAGACCUCAUCCGAAUGUUGAGGAACCUCUCACACCACCUCUCCGAGUAUCCUGACCUUGCCAUGAUCAUUGGCAACAACUACGAGAGCCUCAUGGUCUAUGUGAAUAUGCGGCUGCCAAAUUUUAUUUAUUAUGCGUGGCUCACUGGCAGGUCUCUCGCGGGUCAGGUCGAUCAAAUAGCAAGUUUCUACGAAUGAUCUACAUUAUGGCAUCAACCUAGAGAAAAUCCCCCCAACAGGCUGUUUAUUGAAACUGAUAGACAAGGAGGAAAUGGAGCGACCCAGGGGGAAAAUGAUGGACCAACUACAGCCUGUUUGUUUAAUUUUUGUGUUUAUCGACCGGUUAAGAUAAUAUUAAGGAGAGUGGAGUUUCGUGAUUGAUCGCUGCUCCGAGUUGUGCGGUUUGUCGUGCCGAUAAAGGGUGCAAUCAACGAGAACUAAAGAUACCUCUAAAAUUGCCGAUAUCCAUCUUUUCAAAUCCCAUCCUACUCAAAUCAAUCCUUUAUCGGCAUGACAAGAUGCAAGACUCAGAGCACCGACCAAUCACAUGACUCCGUUCUCGUUAAUCUUGCCUCAGCAGGACGACAAACACAAAAUUUCAACCAUCAGGCUGCUGAAGGCCCAGGCUCUCGUGGGUCGUCGUUAGUCUACUACUUGCCUCCUUUGUCUAUCGCAACCACCCACUUCCACCAAUGGGAUUGCUCUAUUUUCUCUCUGUCUUCUUCGUCUAUCGUUUUAUCUAUCGAUUUCGAUAAUCAGCCCGCUGAGCAUCUAUGGGAACGUCCUGUUAUUAUUUUUCCCAUCGGAUUUCGUUUUAAGAUAACCGGAUCGUUAACUUAUUCUAAUUCUUUCUAUUCUUACGACAAGCAUAAUUUCAUCGAGACAACAGGAAUUCCGGUUCUUACAACAAAAAUCUGAUAAGAAGAAUAUAAACAGGACGAUCCUUGACAGUUCCAUCCGGAAUUUCAUCUAUUCCUCUCUCGGUAUAGAGUAGGGAGUUUAAUAUACAAUAUAGAAACAUACAAUCACCGGAGAUCCACGAUGGUUUAAAUGAAAUCUAAUAAUUUCUUCAUUUUUUUAGAAUUUUUCGGCCUUCAGCGUUUUAUUCGGAUAUGAACUUGGAUUUUACCAUGAUAACACCGUUAUCUAAUAGUUCUUGCAAUCUCCGAUUGUUAUUUUCAAGUUUCCUCAUUUGUAAAAUUAAUUCCUGUGUUCGUCGUAACUUUGUUCAUGUAACUUCAAGAAUAUAGUAAGCUAAAUUUGUGAGUUAGUUGGAACUUAAUUCUACUACUGAAAACAGAAUAGUCAUCUCCAAAAACAUUUAAGCAAUUUGUUAAUCAUCAUUGUUUAUUUACGCAAGACUUGCAUUCAUUUUGGUUUUUUUCGGAAGGGCAGUAAAGAGUUUACCAAACUAAAAAA